AUGUCAGGAGCCCCGGAGCGCGAGCUCCUGACCCGAUUUGAGGUUCAGAAGUUCCUCGGCAAGGGUAGCUACGGCAGCGUGUAUCGCGUCCGCCGUCUGAGCGACAACAAGAUCUACGCGUUGAAGGAGACGAACGUGCGCAAUCUCUCCCAGCAGGAGCGCCAGGAUGCGGUCAACGAGAUUCGCCUGCUCGCGUCGGUUCAGCAGAACACGGCCAUCAGCGGCUUCCACGAGGCGUUCAUCGACGGCAACCGCCUAUGCAUCGUCAUGGAGUACGCACCCUUCGGUGAUCUCUCCAGGGCGCUGCGCAAGCGCCAGGCUCAGCGCAAGCUUCUCCCCGAGGACCUCAUCUGGUCCUACUUCAUCCAGAUUGCCAGGGGCCUCCAGGCGCUCCACUCGCAGAAGAUCCUUCACCGCGACGUGAAGACGGCGAACGUGCUGCGCAUGUCCGGCGAGGUUGUCAAGCUCGGGGACCUCGGCGUCGCGAAGCUGAUGAAGAACAACAUGACCAACACCCAGAUUGGCACCCCUCACUACAUGCCCCCGGAGGUUUGGAGGAACAGGCCGUACACCUUCAACUCGGACGUCUGGGCACUCGGAUGCGUCCUGUUCGAGAUGUGCACCUUCACCGUGCCCUUCGAGGCGAGGAGCAUGGAGGAGCUCAGGUUCAAGGUUAUGAAGGGAAAGAUCCCCGCGCUGCCCCAGGUGUACAGCGGAGACAUGCAGAAGAUGGUCAAGUGGCUCAUGAUCCUCGAGCCCUCGCAGCGACCCAACAUCGACGCGGUUCUCGACCACCCCAGCGUUCGCCGCCGCGCGCACCUCGCGCCCGAGCCCGAGCCCGCCGUGCCCCAGCCCACCAACGCCGUCGGAGGUGAGCCCAGCAGCGCGGUCACCCUCGGGACCAUCAAGGUUCCCAAGAACCUUCGCAUGCUCAAGAAGCGACUGCCGGCGCCCAACUACCCAGACCAGGCUCCGCCGCCGCCGCCCGCGCCCGUCGCGGCUGCCCCCGCGCAGAUUCCCAGGCCGCCCGUCGUCGCCGCGCCCGAGCCCGCGCUCAAGCCCCAUGAUGACGACGCCCAGAGCGUGAGGAGCUCCGGGAGCUCGGGGUCUGGCGGCUCUGGCGGCUCCGGCGGCUCUGGCAGAUCCGGUGGCUCUGGGGGAUCUGAGGGAUCGCGAGAAGACCGACCCGCCGUGGCGCACAACGACCGCGGGGGAUACAACUACGGCCGACCCGUGGGCGUCAGCCGACCUAACGUCGGCGAGUACGCCAGGGGCGUGAAGGUCCCGGUGAGCAAGCAGCACGACGUCGCGGAACGGAAGCCCGCGGUGGCGAGGCCGUUCGCCGCGGCUGGACCCUCCGCCGCUGCCGCGAGGGGUAUCAGGCCCGAGAUGGAGGCGAGGGAGAGGCUGGAGCGGGGCGUGAAGGACCUGCAGAGCGUGAGGGAGGACGCCGCCGCGCGAGUUGAGCGGGCAAAGGCUGUGCUGGCGCGUGCGGGCCUCGUGCCCGCGGGUAUCAAGGGACCCGGCGAGAAGGAGAACGUCGCCGCCGAUCGACUCGGGGCGCUGAAGAACAUGCGCGUCAAUGGAGCUGGCGUGGAUGCGGGGGACAAGGUUGGAGUCGCGGGGAGGCGCGUGGGGCUGAGCAACAGGGAAGAAGGCGCGAACAGGCGUGUUGGGCUUCCGCCGUCUCAGAUGGGACAGGGUUACGGUGGGGUUUACGCGCAGAGGCCGCAGAGGCGGCCCGCGCCGUCGAGAAAUUUUUAUUUCUGAGCGCGGGUUGACGCGCUCUUUGGGAGGGGAACUGUCUUGAUGUCUACCAUAGGCAAAACAUACCGUCUUAGACACAGAAGGGGUUGCGUUCGAUGUGACCCUCGGUGUAAAUUAUCGUAGUUGAGAUGGAUC